AUGUGCUGUGAAGCGGACUGGAAGCGUGAGGUCGUGCAAGACUACAAGUGGGAGUAUGUCGAUGUUAAGGACUUUCACGACACGAGCAUUGGGACCCGCUUCAAGUACUGCUUCGUCUACCUGUUCCUGAUCAAGAAUCUUGUCAUCUAUGGCCUGGACAUCUUCACGGCCUCCACCAUGUUGGCGACCGACAAUUGGACCAACAGCCUGUACACAAAGUGCGCCAAGUCGGGCAACCACCACUGCGUGAUCGACGUGCAGUUUAAAAUUGCAAAGUGGGUCUUUGUGGGCUGCAUCAUCUUCUCGUUCCUGCUGCUCGGAUACGAGUGGUACAAGGCACGCAAGGUUCUGCAAUCGCGCGACAUUAGCUACACCUUUUGCAACACGAUGGCCAACGACUACGUUUCUAUCAAGAGCUACGACAGCUUCUGUCUGUUCUGUCGCAUCUCCGCCAACAAGCAGAAGAAGGACAAGGUGGCGUUCUUUGUCUUCUUCACGUUUAAGGACUGGAAGCGCACGAUCCUUGCCGACGGGCCACGCCAGAGCAUCAACGCCAUCGUGCUGUUUCUGAUUGCCAAGGCGUACGACUUCCGCACUGACGAUAUCCCACAGUACUGGGACGGGCAGCCGUGGACGGCGCUCCUCCUGAUCUCCAUGAUCCUUACCGUGCUCAUAUUCGUCGUGUCGUUCGGCCUCCUCAUCAUUGCGGCUGUCCUGUACAUUCCCCUUCUGUGUUACAUCCAGGGCAACCUCAAGGAGUAUGUGUGCCACAAGGUCGACAAGCGUAUCGGCGAGAUCAUCCGCAAGAGUCAGAAGCGCCGCAUCGCGCGCAACGCUGAGCUCGAGAAGAAGAUUGACAUGGGCAUGCAGAUCAAGAACGCCAAGGGCGAGCUAAUCGACGCGUCGCACCUCAAACCGACACUCCCAAACAUCAGCCUCGCCGACGACAAGCCAUUGCUUCGCUCGGCCUCGCCUGCCCUCGGGCGUACCGCGUCUCCGGCCUUUGGACGAUCAGCCUCCCCGGCCUUCGGACGUGCUCCCACUACUGCCAACCACGGCCCUGCGAGCCGCGACGCACCCCGCAAGCACCGCUCUCCCGAAUACCCCGACAACAAGGGGGGGUAUCAUGACAUCUUUGACGAGUACACCGAUCCGGGCCACAGCUACCCGCCCCGGUCAUACGACGACGAGUUUGCGUCGAGCUCGACGUCGCUCGUUGCGCAUGCGGCGCCUCCUGGCUGGGUACAAAUGCAUCCACCCCGGCCCACGACGCCUGCGGCAGGUGCGCCAGACUUCCCGCCUUCCGCGGCGCCAGGAUAUCCUCCAGUGCAGCAGUUUGAGGCGGUCCGCCAGCCGUACGGAUUUGCGCCACCAGAUCCGUACAACCGGCGGUGGUAG